CCUCCGUGCCCGGGACGCGCCGCGCUCCGUUCCACGCGGGUCCCACGGAGCCGUCCCGGUCCCGGCCCUUCCCUGGCCAAAUCUGUGCUGCCCGUCCUAGUCCUGCCUGCCCCGGUCCUGCCCGUCCUGUCUCGUACCUUUUCGUCCUACCGGCACACAGGCUCCCUGCCCCUUUCCAGCCCUGAUGGACUGCCAGGAGAGCGAGUACCUGGAUGAACACGGCAAAUGCACCCCCUGCAGAAACUGCAUGCCCGGGCAGGAGCUUUCCAAGGACUGUGGUGAUGGCAGCGGGGGGGACGCACAGUGUGUCGCCUGCCCUCCCAGGAAGUUUAAGGACAGCUGGGGCCACCAUGGCUGCAAGCCCUGCCUCUCCUGCACCCUCAUCAACCGCAUCCAGAAGUCCAACUGCACGGCGACAACCAACGCCAUCUGUGGGGAGUGCCUGCCGGGGUUUUACCGCAAGGCACGGAUCAGUGGGCAGCUGGACUGGGAGUGCAUCCCCUGCACCAAGCAGACACCCUCCUCUGAGCCACAGUGUCGGUCCAGGACAACCCUGGUGAAGGUAGCUGUCCCCACUGUACCACCACAGGACACAGCCCUUCUCGCACUGACCAGCAGUGCCCUGGUCAUCAUCGUGCUGGUGCUUCUGGCGCUCUCCAUCAUCUACUGCAAGCGGUUUUGGAAGAGCCAGUGCCAGCGAGUCUUCCUGAGGACUCAGAACUUCUCGGGCCAGCGAGCAAUGUUCCCAACCGCAGCGACGCCCGGCAGAUUCCUGUGCGAGGAGCAGAUGACUGGUCCCUGCUGCCUGGGCAUGAAGAACUUGAGCCCCUGCUACAGGCAAGCAGAAGGUCCCGUGGAAGCAGUGCAGUUCAUCUCAGAUGGGGAAGCUGUGGGUCUCCAGCUGCCUCCUCUCCAGCCAGAGAUGGACUUACCACCAGCCGCUGUGGUUGGUGCUGCCUCCAAAGCCCAGCUGGGCAGGAGCCUGCUGGAAAGCCAGCCCCUUAUCCGGGCUGGGGUCCUGCCACACUCCGACCCUCGGCAGGGCACAGCAGAGGCCAUGGCCCCGCUGUCUUCCUGUGCCUCCGAGAUGCAGCACAAGUGGCCGCAUGCCCCAGUAGAGUGCACCGAGCUGGACCUCCAGAAGUUCUCCAGCCAGGCAGAGUUUGUGGGCGGCGAGCGGCCAGAGGACACGGCAAGUCGGGCGGCACAGAGGAUCCCAGGGGGAGCAGCAGAAAGUGGUGGCACAGGGCGGGAGGGAGCCCAGCACCCACCCUCUGCCUUCCCAAAUUACACUGCCGAAAGUGGGGAGCAGCCAGUGGAUGAUGCCCAGAGCCUCUUGACUCAGAUCAGCAGCACAGCCAAGGGCCUGCCAGUAGCAGAGCUGCCCCAUUCCUUGGUGCAGUCACUUGCCGCCUUGUUGGACCCUUCCUUGAACGGUGCGAAGAACUUCAGCCACGUGGCGCUGGAGCUGGGGGUUGCACCCCAGCUGCUGGGACGGAUGUCUGGCUUCGAGCAGCUCGUGGCUCACCUCACCUACUCAGGAGACACCAUCACCAUCCCGCUGCUAGCCCAGGCUCUGCAGCGGCUCCAGCGCUUCGACGCCUUGCUCCUGCUCUGCGACCACUUUGCCCUCAGCCAGGCCCAGGGCCGCCAGCGCUAGAGAGGACAGGAAAGGGACAGAGGAAGCUCCAGGCACUCUGUGUGCUGGUCCAGAAGAGCAUCCGGAAGCCCUGUGGUCACAAAAUCCCUGCUGUGCACUUGAGGAGUCUGUGGAGCUGGUCUUCGCAUCACGGAACAGCAGGAUGCAACGGGGAGCAUCCCCCCUCCUUAGGGGAGCAUUCUUCUUCGGGGCCGUGCCAAGAGGCCACAGCUGUGCCACCUCCAAGCCUUCAUGCCUGGGCAUUUGCUCGAUCCCCUCUGGCAGCCAGUUUUCUACGGCUGUGUCAACGCCCCUCUCUGGCAGCAGAACAUCAUUGGUCACUGUGCUGCUUAUCCUACAGUGCUCUGGCUCUGCUGGACCCCACUGCUGGGACCCCAUGGGGUCCCUAAGCCAUGGGGCUUGGUCUAUGUGGGCAGCCACCCUCUGAUGGGCCCAGGCAUCACCUCCCUUCCAUUCCAGCUGUCCCAUCCUUCCUCUGGCCUGUGCUCUGCUUGCCUGGGUGCCAUCUGUCACUUUCCCAGUUUACUCUUUGCUCACUCCUCCCUCUAUGCCAGAGAUGGUCCUCAGUAGAGGACCUGGCUGUGGCUGCUGCAUUGGGCUCCAAUUUUCGGUCUGCCUGUGCCACCCUGGUGCUGUCCCCUUUGUGCCCCUUUGUGACGUGGUGCAGGAAUCUCAGACUGCUCCCUGGGAUGGGUUGACAUGUGUCCUUGUCACAGCACAGUGGCUGCCAGCCUGGGGAGGUGCUGGCUCACUCCCCGGGCUCCUGCUGUGGCUCUGGACACAUGGACAUUUCCGACCACCAUCUCCAAGCACUGAGGCUUUGCAAAACACCCUGCGGUGGGUGACAGCGGGGUUGGGCAGAAGCUGGACAGAUUAACCACCGUGGCCUGGGGAGCUGCCAGCACCAUGCUAGCACUGGGUGGCAGCUAGAGGCUGUGUCACAGGCGGUGGGGACGUCCCGCUGCUGGCCACGGCAGAGGCAGCUCGGUUUAAAAAAGGCUUUUUCUGGCCUGCUGCCUUUUUUUUUUCCUUUUCCUGCCUAAAAACUGCCUGAUUUCUCAUUGCUGGGAGUAGCUGCCGGGGAGGGCAGCACCCUCCUGCUUUCAUUCCUUCCUGGAGGAUUUGUCGGAGCUUGCAGCUGUCCCGCCUGUGCCGGGCGCCCUGACUUGGGGUGUCGUGCCCCGGGGCUGUUCCCCUGUGUCUGCCCCAGCCCCCCUGGGCACCAGGCGGGGUUUUGCUGGGGGCCGAACAGCCGGAGCCGGGGGACCGGCGGGAGCUGGGGCGCAGGCUGGCGGUGCUGGCAGGGCGCGGCGCGGCGGGGGCGGCCCGGCAUGCGGGGAGCUGCCCCGGCACAGCAGCCAGCUGGAGCGGGGCCAGCCCGGCGUGCGGCAGGCAGCCCUGGAUGCCGAUCCCGCUGAGGUCAUCGCGGGCAGAGAGCAGCGGGGCUGGAGCCGGUGGUUAAGCGCCAGGCACCUUUUGGGUGGCAUCCUCUAAGUGUCACCCCGGGUCGCCCCGAGACCCCCCUUGUGGCAUUAAUGUGGCCGAGCUUGGCAGCUCUCGCCCUGGUUGGUAGCCGCUUUGUUCCGCAGCGCUGUGGCUGAGCCGGGGGACUGCAUUCUGCUUCCUCCCUGUCACCGUCGCCAGGGUUCUCAGCUAUGCUGGCUGCCAGCAAGUGGCACUGUUACCCUGCCACCUGCCAGCAGACCGGCCGGGCAUUGCCAGCCGAGCUGACAAGUUUUGCCUUUUAUCUGCCCAGAAUACUCAGAAAAAGUGACAACCUUCUGGGAAGGCUCCCUCUCCUCUGAUCUGCCCCGGCACACGGGUAUUAAUAGCUGCUGCCUUUCCCUUUUCCCCAUCAAACGCUGUUAAGGCUUGAACGUGCUCAGGAUGUGGUUAGAUAAGGGGAGGCAUGGGCAGUCUCAGCUGGAUCUGGCACUUUCUCUCUCCCCUGCUGUUCGUUCCUUCCCAAACCAAGGUCGUUUUAUUGCUGUCUUGCUCUGUAAGUCCCAGCGGCGUUAGACCCUGUGCCCGUUUUAGGCUGGGGUUAGGCAGGCUCCCGUUACGUGCCUGGUCUGUUAGAGAGCAGGCAGCAGCAUUGCUGCAGCAAACACAGCCCCGGGGUGAAGGUUUAUGUUUGAGGUUUGUCUGUGGCAGGAGAGAGCUCUUGGAUUAGUCACGUACCACAACAAAUAUCUAAUCCCUCUGUGGACACACUUAGUCACUUCCAGCAGGAAUCGGGGUAAAUUCACUGCAGCGGCUGACUAAGAGCUGGGCUCACCAGCACUACCCUUUGAGGCUGGAUCCGGUCUGGGUGGCUUGUCCUGUGUGUCACCAGUGGGUGGUCCUCAAGGUGCUCCAAGCCUCCAUGAUCAGGCAGGACCCUCGGGAGCAAGGGGUGGGCAGGACCAGCUGCUCAAUUAAAAACAGUGAAUAAUGCGAGGGCUUAGUCACAGGCUUGUGCUGCAGGUCCUCCUCUCUGUCCCUCCCUCUCUGCACAGCUGAGCAGUUCUGCUGCAGUGCCCACGGGUGAGCUCUGGCCCCACUGGAUGGAUUGGGUUUUUAAUAUCUUUCUUUGUUUCUGCCUUCUUUAAAGGAAUCAGCCCCAUUCCUGUCAUAGUCUUUUAAACUGAACUGUUAUUUUUCAGCUGUUUGAGCAAUAUUAUUCACAGUCAAUCUUAAUCUCCGCCUCAAGGCUGAGGAGGUGGCACCUCAGGUGCAUUUGUGCCAUGCCAUAGCUCCUGCCCUGCCAGGUGUUGCCCCUCAAGCCCCAUCGGUGCGCUGAGCACUGGGCUGGCAAGAGCUGGCACAUGAAUGGUUUUAAGUCUGUUUUAACUGUUCUCAGCCCCACGCAGAGCCUCAUGCCAGGUCUGAGUGUCGGUCACUGUGGCUGGAGUGUGGCAGGACAGGGUGUUUCAGUAGUGGAACUCCCUCCAGCACCCACCCAAGGGCUGCUUCCCUUCACACUAAUGUCUGUGGCAAGCGCUUUCCAGCUGCAGUGACAACAACAGCCAUGCUCACACGAGCCAAUAUUUCAAGAGGUGGCCUUUAAUCCUCCUUUAACCCCCCCCCCUUUCUUGGGACCCCUUCAAUCAACUGCCUCAAACCCAGCUGCAGCCCUCAGGAGAUGAAGAACCACAAGAGCCUGGAAUAUGGGGCAGAAUGCUGCAAUUGGACACUGGAAACAGCAGCAGUCCCUGGGUGGUGAAUUUCUCUGACUGGGAACCAAUGGACUUGAUACUUGAGUUUUGUUUAUUAAUAGUAUUUUCAGCAGCACACAUGGAAUGUAAGGGAAAGAAAUUCCCAUAGUGCUGGACCUGACGUUGCAGCAUCAGGAAGCUGCUUCAUGCCAAGCUGGCAUGGCUCAGAAAGAGCUGAAAAGGGUCAAAAUAGCUUAGCAGCUGUGCAAACCUUAGCUGGGGGCUGAACAAUGGAAACACUCUGGUGGGGUGGGAUUAUCUUUUUUACAAGCAAUUGUUCUUGACACCACUCUUGUCUGGAAGUUUGAUUUGCAGAGGAAUUCGUGUGAUAAGUUUUACAUCCAGCCCAGUUCUGGAAAGCUCUUAAGUGUAGACUUAAAAUAGGCACAGACUGAAAUGCUAUUAAAGUGUCCAUUGCAACCAGCAGUUAGCACAUCCUGGGGUGCUUUUCUUGACCAGGGGUGCUUACAAGAGUUGUUACCUUUGAUAGGCUCUUGCAGGAGCAGCAAUGCUGAAGAAAACUCUUCCAGUCAUCUGGGCACACUUCUCAGAACAGUCUGCCAGUGUUUGGCAUCGAUGCCCAACACCUUUUUUGGGUUACCAAAUAAAGCAGGCUCUGGUGCUUUGUAAUGAUAAUAAUAGAUACAUUUCUGUAGCCAUGGUUUACCCAGGGGAGCACAUGGUGGUGUUGUUUGUUUUGUUUUGUUUUAUGGUAGAUAUUAUUUUUCUUUAAGGUUCCAAAUAGGUUAUUUAUAUAUUGUUUUUUGGUAAAUUUUGUGUCGUUGUAUUUCUGGAGCAGAGUUGUUCCUGUUGGGUUUUGGGUUGUUGUCUGUACUCACAUAAAGCAGUAGCUGGAGCUCCUGCCUGUGUUGUUAAGCAAGGGGGAGGGGUGGGGGUGUGUGUGUGUGCAUGCCCCACAUUGCCCCCAGGCAUGGUGCUCUCAGGUGCUGUGUGUUUGUAGUUUAAUAAAUCUCAGAGACAGA